GUGUGCUCUGUGGCAUGAUCGCCAUCGCAGAUGCGGUCAAGCAGGAGGCCGCCCUGGCCGUGCACACACUGAAGAGCAUGGGCGUGGAUGUGGUUCUGAUCACGGGGGACAACCGCAAGACAGCCAGAGCCAUCGCCACCCAGGUUGGCAUCAACAAAGUCUUUGCGGAGGUGCUGCCUUCUCAUAAGGUGGCCAAGGUCCAGGAGCUCCAGAACGAGGGGAAGAGAGUGGCCAUGGUGGGCGAUGGCGUGAACGACUCCCCGGCCCUGGCCCGGGCCGACGUGGGCAUCGCCAUCGGGACGGGCACGGACGUGGCCAUCGAGGCAGCUGACGUCGUCCUCAUCAGAAAUGACCUGCUCGACGUGGCGGCCAGCAUUCACCUCUCCAAGAGGACCGUCCAGAGGAUACGACUCAAUCUGGUGCUGGCACUGAUCUACAACCUGGUCGGGAUCCCCAUUGCAGCAGGUGUCUUCAUGCCCAUCGGCGUCGUGCUGCAGCCGUGGAUGGGCUCGGCGGCCAUGGCUGCCUCCUCCGUGUCCGUGGUCCUCUCGUCACUGCAGCUCAAGUGCUACAGGAAGCCGGAGCUGGCGUGGUACGAGGCGCAGGCGCAGGGCCGCCUGAAGCCCCUGACCGAGUCCCAGGUCAGCGUGCACGUCGGCAUGGACGACCGGCCGCGCGACUCCCCACGGGCCGCGCCCUGGGACCAGGUCCGCUACAUCAGCCAGGUGUCCCUGUCCUCCCUCAAGUCCGACGGGCUGUCCCGGCACGGCGCCGCGGCCGACGACGAGGCGAGCAAGUGGCCUCCGCUCCUGAGUGACCGGGACGAGGAGCCGUGCGUCCGAAAGCCGCAGGCGGUGUGGGCCCCGCCCGGCCCCCCGCCCCGUGAGGCCGAGGCUCCAGCCCGGCAGCAGCAACAGCUGGCGGCGGAGCCCCUCGCCAGCCCUGGACGUUCUAGAUCACCCCUCCCUGCGGCUUGUGGACCACGCCGCCGGGGCCCCACGGGCUCGUUGGAAACCCUGCUGGCCUCGAGAAGAGGAGGGACAGCCAGCCCUCCUCGCAUCCUCUGCCGUAGCGUUUGGGAUAACUGCCUGUGAAACGAGGACGAUCUCGUUGGGUCCGAAAACUUAGCCGGGCCUGUCCACAGAACUCAUUAAAACCUCGGGCUCUGGCGCUUUUUGACGACACCCACGUGCGUCGCGUAUCCGAGACCACCACUUACCUCAAGCGUCCCCGCCCCUUCUGCUGGCGCCAUCUCUUCCUUUUCUGUCCUUGACCCUGGGGCUGUGGCACCCCGUCGUCUGAGGGCCGGGCUGAUGUCCUCACGUCCCCGCGGCUGCUCUGCAGGGCGCUCGUGUGCUCCUUCCUGAACCCCUCGCCCACACGGCCGCCAGAGAGCCGCCACGCUUCUUUCUCCUCGGGGUGGGGAGAGGUCUUUGUUGCUUACGACCCUCUUCUCCGUGGAGUCCUGGCUUCUCAACGCCGCCGAAUCCAGUGCUGUUGCUGGCUCUCGCUGCCCAGCUGUUGUGAGGGUCUCAGAGCCCGAGA